AUGGCGCCAACGGUUGAGAUCAGCCACCUCUCCUUCACCUACCCCGGCAUCGACGGCCGCCCGCCACCCGGAGCGCCGCCGCUCAUCGAGGACGUCUGCUUCUCCCUCGACGCCGGCCAACGAUGCCUCCUCCUCGGCUCCAACGGCGCAGGCAAGACGACGAUACUGAAGAUACUAGGCGGGAAGCACAUGGUGGAUCCGAGCAUGGUGCGGGUCCUGGGAAGGUCCGCCUUCCACGACACGGCGCUCACCUCCUCCGGCGACCUCUGCUAUCUCGGCGGUGAGUGGAGACGCGACGUGGCCUUUGCUGGCUACCAGGUGAACAUUCAGAUGGAUAUAUCGGCAGAGAAGAUGAUUUUUGGUGUUGCUGGUGUUGAUCCAAAGAGGAGAGAUGAGCUUAUCAAGAUUUUAGACAUCGACCUUGCCUGGCGUAUGCACAAGGCAUCAGAUGGUCAGAGGAGACGUGUCCAGAUUUGCAUGGGACUUCUUAAGGCAUUCAAGGUUCUCCUCCUUGAUGAGAUCACAGUUGACCUUGAUGUUCUAGCAAGAUCAAAUCUGUUAACAUAUCUUAAAAAGGAAUGUGAGGAAAGAGGUGCAACAAUCAUCUAUGCCACACAUAUUUUUGAUGGUCUUGAUGAUUGGCCAACACACAUUGUUUACAUUGCUCGUGGGAAACUGCAAUUAGCACUGCCUUUGGAAAAGGUGAAAGAAAUGAGCCAGUUAUCUCUCAUGAGAACUGUGGAGAGCUGGUUGAGGAAAGAAAGAGAUGAGGACAGGAGGAGGAGAAAGGAGCGAAAGGAGAAAGGCCUACCAGAAUUCGACAAGCUUGUCAAGGGUAGUCGGGUUAUAGGUGAUCCAGCAAAGAACGCAGCCAGAGUUGCAAACAACGGGUGGGCAGCAGGGCGCCUCACCUCGACGAUCGCAGGAGAGGAGAAUUUCGUUUUCAGCUCAAACAUCGUUCUUAGGCAAUGA